CGGGCGAGUCAGCACUUAACACAAACACUCAACACAUUUCUGAGUUUAUUUGUAUUUGUUACGCAGAUGCUAAUGUCGAACGACGGCUGCUGGUCACGACGGGAGUGUUUCAGGAGGGAGGCGCGCGACAAUUCUGAGGCGUGAUGACGUCACGCCCGUGGCAAACUAACAAGUAAAAUGACGUCAGCGCGGUAGACGUCAGCAGGACGACGUUCGAUGGCCGCGGCCCUGAGUCGGUCCCGCGAAGAAGAAGGCGGCCGAGGAGGCGGCUGACGAGGCGGAGGCUGCUGAGGAGAAGGCGCCGAGGCAACCAGGAUUCAACCUUUUGCUCUGCGACCGCCGCCGCCACCGGAGCUUCUUCAGGUCAAGUUCGACACCGGUUGUGGUGAAGCUACGGGUCGGAUCGGUGCCGGUGGGAAAUCGACUGCUGCUCACCAUUCACUCGCCCUCUCUAUGCUCGCCCUCGUCCCGCACUCGCUCCCACUUGCUCGUUUUGAGUCGACCCCACCGGCCGGUACCCGACACCGAACGCUGCGGCGCUGCACCGGUGUCGCACUGCAAUCAGAACGCGACUGGCAGCCGUAACCGAGGGGCGUGGCUGAGUGCCAGUCGCUGGAAGGGCGGUGCCGGUGAACACUGUUAAUUAGGGAGGCAUUACCACCACAGGCACAACCGUCAUCAUCACAAGAACCUUCGCCAUAGCCACCACUAAUUCUAUCGCACCCUACCGUUGCCUCCGCUAAAAUAAUCACUGCCACCCCCAACACACCCUCCACUGUCACAACCUUCACCGUCACCCACCGGCGCCACCAUGCGACACGUGCCAAGCGCGCGCCAGCACUGCCUGGAGCUGGCGGCGGGCAGCAGCGUGGUGGUGAAGGCGCUGUGCGCCACCGUCGUGCUGCUGUACCUGCUGUCGUACGCCACGCACACGGCGUACGCGCUGGCUGUCACGCCCGGCUACCUCAUCCCGCCGAUGCUAUGGGUGUGGACGCCGCUCACCUGCUCCCUCGUCGAGCUGCACGCGUGGGAGGCGGCCGCCAGCGUGGCCACCGUGGCGCUUGCGGGCCGGCUGCUGGAGCCGCUGUGGGGCGCGCUCGAGCUGCUCACGUUCCUCGCCGUGGUGGGCACCGGGACCGGCGUGCUGGCCUGCGCCGCCUACCUGGCCCUGUACGUCGCCACCUUCAACCUCGACUACCUCUUCAGCGUGCAGGUGCGCGGCUGCGCCGGUUUGGCCGGCGGCGUGCUGGCGGCGCUCGUGCAGACGCGGCCCGACGCGGCGGCGCUGCUGCCGCUGCGCUCGCCGCCACGUCUGCUCCUCCGCCUGCGCCACGCCCCGGCCGCGGUGCUCGCGGCGCUGGGGUUGACGGCGCUGCUGGCGCCUUCGCUGGUGAGCGGACGGCCGGCGCUGUGCUUUGCCUGCGGCCUGCUCUCUGGCUGGGCUUACCUGCGCUUUUGCCAGAGCCACGCGCGUGGGCGGGGAGACAUGUCGGAGCACUUUGAGCUGGCGGUUUUCUUCCCGGGCCCGGCACGGCCCGCCGUGGCACUGCUGGCGCGGUUGGCGCACGGUGCCAUGGUGCGACUGGGGCUGUGCGGCCGCGCCGUCAAGAGGUACGACGUGGGGGCGCCGUCCGCCAUCACCAUCAGCCUGCACGGUGCCGACCCGCACGACGCCGAGAGGAGGAGGUCAGGCAGCUCGGCGCUCAAGGCCCUGAACGAGCGGCUGAAACGCGGAGACGAGCACGCCAACUGGCCCGACAUGGACGACGAUGGCGACCAGAGCAGUGACGACGAGCGGACGAUGGCGCCGGCAUCGGGUGGUGGUGGUGGCGGCACGGGAGCCGGUUUCUCCGACUCCCCCGACAUCGUCGGGCAGGCCGGGCAACCUGCGCUCACCGUGAAGGCGUAAAAGCCGCAGUGGCAGAAGCGGCACCGGCAGCGCCAGUAGCGCCAGCAGCGCCAGCGGAAGAUCGCUAAAGCUGCGGUUUGCAGCGCCGGCGUUGAUUAGCGGGAGAAUUUUAUUUAGAGAAGAGACGACCAGUAAAAACUCGACCCUGCGUGUCCAGCCAUGUUCGUCGUGUGAAAGAUUUGCCGGCGGUCGUAGUGGUAGCGUUGGUGCCGGUGAGACAGUGACGACACUGGCCCCAUAGUGGAUUGGAGGCGAUUUCGGAAGAACGUUCCGAAAUAUGAAGAAAAACCGCCAUAAGAAUGGAAAUGAAACUGAAAAUUAAAGGACGUCGCACGCAUACAAAAUGGAUUUAAGAUAACGAAGCUAAGGCAGUGUCCCAGGCUGUCUGACACAAACUUGGCACUUUGUUUAGGUGAGAAAAAUAUAUUUUAAAGUCACAUUCACGUGGUCUGUCGUAGCACUAGCAAUGUUUCAUGACACUUGACGUAUUGAAAUCGAGGGGAGUGACAUCGCCGGAGUGCCAUAAUGUCACGCCCAUUCACAACUUUAACAUUCACUUUCUCAAACGUAAAUUCCUUUUGGCAUUGGCAGAAAUUAUGCCAAUGUAGCUGGACCGUUGAGAAAAUGUAUCUUGAGACACGGGCCUUCCUGAGUAAAGGUGGAACCCUGCAAUUGUUUGUGUGCGUGACACUGCAGGCCGGAAGGGCCUCCACUAGAGGGUGCUCUAGACAGCCCCUCUGGAGGGUAUUUUGGCCUACUUUUCUAUUUUGGUCAGACACCUUGAAAGAGCUUUCCUAGGCAAAGGCCAUUAUUAUUAUUAUCGAAGCUUCAGACGUGUCGGGCAGCCCUUGGGUGCACAGACACACACACAGGCGAGGUGUGUAUCUAAACGGACGGUUUGUUUGAUUUUUGUCUUGCACCUUAAAUUUGGUCUCUCCACACGCGCCAGCACAGUCGCGGGUUUAAAGCGUUCAUCCUUGCUCGCGGGGAGACCGCACGAGCACUCGUUGUCGGCCGUUGUGCCGCAUUUGGUCAUGGCUGACGUGGCAGAGGGCUAUCAGGUUGGGAGCUUCAGAAGUUUUAUUUAGACUGGAGGAAUCAGACAAGGUGUGAAGCUUAAAUGAAUGGUGCAGGAACUAAAAUAUUGUCGUCGUGAAAAUCUCACCCAGCCACUCGCCACGGCGAACAUUCCAGUCCCUUGCGGGCCGGGACAGAAUCCUGACAUAGUUUCGUGGUGAUGCGGCGGUGAGCCUGCACCGGUGAGAUAUCCUGGGUUCAAAUCUCGAGCAUCAGCUGCCCAAACGUGGUUAAACCAGGUUUUCACGUCUGGCACUGACCGGGCGAGUGGCGUUCACCCAGCCGUUCUGGAGCUGGCGAUGCCGCACAAGGAGUGGCCGGGGCGGGGGGGCGGCACUUGGUUUUUGUUAAUCAUGAGAUCACUGCAACUGCUGCACCCUUUACUGGUAAAUCUCACGCUGAAAAUAAACCACAUCCCGUUUCAGCCGAUUCAGGAAGCGGGUGUGUGAGAGUGCACCAAGGCAAGGUGGUCCAAGUCGACGAUUGUUCACCGCCAAACAUGGUGGUGUCCGCCCAUGCGAGAGACCCUGGACUGGCGUUGAAGGAUCUUGCGGUGAUUCGCAAACCAGCUGGGGCUUGGUGAAGUGGGGGUGGGUGCUGACGACAUUGAAUUCGGCCAGCCAACGUUCACCACGAUUCUCAUUCUGUGAUCAUUGAGGCACCGAGGAAGGCUUCUUGUGGUGGCCAAGUGGAGCAGAGUGGCACUGUCGACCCUGGCUUUGACACCGAUACCUGCCCAACACAAAAACACGAGGCUGGGGCUGUCAUUCGACCAGUCCAACGCAGGCAUGAAUGCUCAGCCAGGCUUGGGCCAUGUUUGGGGUCUAGCCCUUAAACCAGAUUUAGCUUUAGCCUAUUUAGCACAAACUGGGUUAGGUCUGUCUGGUUUUGUCCCUGACCCCAAACCUGAUGAUCCGUUCAACCUGAUAAUAAACUGGGUUGAGCUUUGACAUAUACCCGAAUUGCAACAGCCCCAACCGAGCCAAAUGAGGCGACGGCUAUGCACGGUUGGGUGUGGGCUAUGUCUUGGUCCAGCCCUAACGUUGACAAUCAUCCCAGCACGAUAAACUAGGUUCGGUGACAUGCGAGGCUGGUACAUACCCUGACACCAGCCUAACAUUGUUAAACCAGGUUAGGGCUGUCUGGGUGGGUUGAGCUACGUAUUAAUCGAGCCCUCGGUGAACACCAGCCCAACACUGAUGAUGAAUUCAGUUUGGGCACUAGCUUUAACUUUUGACAGUGGCCCCACUGCAAGACUAAACGAGGUUGUGAGUCAAAAGUGUCACCGAACGUGAAGGUAAAAUCGAUAACUAUUUGUGCAUAUGCAUCUACUCCUGAGACCAACCCAACCAGGUCUUUUACUGCGACUGUAACCGUUUAACCUCGGUGAUCGAGUAAAACCACCGCACAUGCAAAAAAACGAAAAGACUUUAAAUUCACUUUCAUGGCAUUCUACCCACAUCCAUUCUACCGAACCGAUACACCAGUCUGGUCUGCAGUAAAGGGGGUUCUUAAACCCCACUCCAGCCGCCCUUCCCACGUGUGCUGACCUUCAUUCAAACCACAGCUGUGCGAAUCUGGUGAUAGUACUCGUGGUUUGUGGUGAUGUGCGCCGGUGGAGUUUGACAAAUACUGUCCCCCUGCUGCACAUCGGAAUGGCAGAUAAUUAAUUGCCAAUAGCCGACCAUGUGGAGUGGGUGAAGUGGAAGAAUUUCGCGUGGAUACCAGAUCACUGCGUGCCGAAACGGUGCGUGGAAUCGGUUUUUGUUAAGCUACAAGUUACAGUCAGUUGUGUUUGCGUGUGCGUGAAGAGCGAUGGGCAUCGUUUAACAUGGAUUUAAAUAAACAGCUAUAGGUGUCA